AUGGCAAACGUCUCCACUCUCAGUCAUCUAGGCUCUGAUAUCCCAUUUCUUCCUUCCGCUCGCUUGGACGAACCAACUAUGUACUUGACGCUUAUUGACUGGAACACUAUAAAAACGCGAUUUCAUGUUGCCCACUUAUUUGUAUUUAUGGAGAGCAGUCAACAUCUAGCCCAUCCAUGCAUGCAGUCGUAG